AUGUCACACUAUGAGAUAGUGGCAAUUUGUCGACAAUUUCUUUUCGAUUCCUGCAAUAGAAAGAGCGAAUCAAUCCAAUUAAGAUUGGGGAAGAUGGAAACAAGAACCACAAGCAACCAACAAGCAGAAAAAGAUGAAAAAAUGAGCAAAACGAUGAAGAAAUCUCUCCUUGCGAUGAACUGCAUCAUGCUCGGCGUCGGAAACUGCGGUGGUCCGUUGGUUCAACGCCUCUACUUUGUUAAAGGCGGCAAAAGAGUUUGGACAUCAAGCUGGCUACAAACCGCCGGUUGGCCAUUUCUGAUCAUCCCUGUAAUCGUUUCAUUCAUACACAAAACAAGAAACGGAAAAGAAGCUAAACUCAUCUCUUUAAAACCAUCUCUCUUCCUCCCUUGUGCUGUUCUUGGAGUUCUAACAGGUUUUGAUGAUUAUUUGGCUGCUUAUGGUGUUUCUCGAUUACCUGUUUCUACUUCUGCGCUUAUAAUCGCUACCCAGUUGGCGUUUACUGCUGGAUUUGCGUUUAUUUUGGUGAAACAGAAGUUUUCUGCUUUUACGAUUAAUGCGAUCUUUUUGCUGUCGAUUGGUGCUGUGGUUCUUGCGCUUCAUACUAGCUCAGAUCGACCUGCGCAUGAAUCGAGUUUGAUGUAUUACGAGGGGUUUUUUAUGACACUUGGAGCUUCGGCUUUAUAUGGGUUUAUUUUACCUUCGAUUGAGUUGACUAUUAAGAAAGCUAAACAGCAGGUUACUUAUUCUUUGGUUAUGGAGAUGCAGAUCGUUAUGUCGUUCUUUGCGACAGCUGUUUGUACUGUCGGAAUGCUCAUCAACCACGACUUCAAGGCAAUUCCACGAGAGGCGAGGAAUUUUGACCUAGGAGAAGCAACAUAUUACGUGAUUCUAGCAGUGAACGCGCUUCUUUGGCAAUUCUUCUUUUUAGGAGCAAUCGGAGUCAUUUUUUGUGCCUCAUCAUUAUUAUCAGGAAUCAUAAUUGCUACAUUACUCCCUGUGACAGAAUCUUUAGCUGUUCUUUUCUUCCAUGAGAAAUUUCAAGCUGAAAAAGGUCUUGCUCUUACGUUAUCUCUAUGGGGUUUUGUUUCCUACUUUUAUGGAGAAAUUCAACAAAUGAAGAAGAUGAAACGUGAACGAGAUGUCGGCUUGCCAGCAUGA